AUGCUAUGUGGAUGUCUACUCCCCCCAAUCAACUGUACCUCUUACAAGGAUGCAGUUGGCAGAGGCUUCAACAGCCUCUUUGCCUACAUUCAGGGCAGUAAUGAUCAAGCAGCAAAAAUCGACAUGACAAAGCCCAUCUUGGUCGAUGUUUAUCCAUCCACCGGACCUUUCUGUAAUUCGUCCUUUGUCAUGCACUUUUACGUGCCACAAAAGUACCAAAAGAGCCCUCCUCUCUCGGUUCACGCCCGGCCAGUGAGGUUGCCUAGACACAAAUAUGCUGCUGUUAGGAGAUUUGGGGGCUUUGUGGAUGACACCAACAUUGCUACACAAGCUUUGGCCUUAAAGCGAAGCCUCAAGGACAACCCUUGGGGGUCACAAAGUGCUGUGCCUUUUAGUGUUGCUGGCUACUCACCUUAUGAAUACGAGAACCGUGUAAAUGAAGUCAUAUUGUGGUGUGACAAAUUUUAAUUGGUCUUAUUAAGCAAGUCAUGAUUUAAAAGCCAGAGCUAUAUAUAUAUAUAAAUCUAUCUUUAUCAAAGGAUAACUAUGUGUUGGACUCCAAUUGGGCUGUCUAUUAGGAGAUUCGGUUCCUUUUUCAUAUGCAUAAUCUUGUUGUAUAGCUUUUUUUUUUCUUUUUUUUUUUAAUCACCCACUUGAUAUAUAUAGGUCUGUCAACACUUGGCACUUCAGUGGCAGACAUGAACAUGUAUGUUUUAUGAGACUAAAUCAACUGAUUGAUUGGGUUCGAUUUA